CUCUUCUUUCUAGAUUUCUAGGUUACUCAGAAUCAUGACUCAUCCAGCCGAGGAGUAUAGGCAGAUGAAGGCUUGGAAGAGAGACACCAACAUGCUUGGCUGCGUGGCGGAUGCCGAGUGUGGGAUUCCGACCAGAUGCCCUUGUGGGGGGACAAUCAUCAACGAGGUGUCUCGGAACCUGAAGUAUCCAACCGAUUUUGAUACUUUACCGGGGAGAAAAUACUUCACUUGCAAAAAUUAUGAGAAUGAUGGCUUCCAUUUCCGUCAACCAUGGGUCUUCGGAGUCCAGGAAGAGGUUGAAAUGUUAAGGAAGCGCGUGGAUGCGAUGGCUGCAGAGAUUGCUGAACUGAAGUAUAAUCUAACCCGUCAGAAUCCCACCACUACAUGAGAUGCGUCCGGCCCAUGACAUUAGUCUACUAUCUGUUGAUGUUGUUUGCUUGAGAUUCUGAUUUACUAAGACUCUUCGUAUUUACUAAAGUUUCCCUAUUCUCCCUCUUUCACGAUCUACGAAAUAUCAUAAAUUGAAAGUGAAACUUACACUAAAGUUUCCCUAUUCUCCCUCCCUCUUUCACGAUCUACGAAAUAUCAUAAAUUCACGAAGUUACACUAAAUUGAAAGUGAAACUCACACUAAAGUUUCUCUAUUCUCCCUCUUUCACGAUCUACGAAAUAUCAUAAAUUCACGAAGUUACACUAAGUUGAAAGUGAAACUUACACUAAAGUUUCCCUAUUCUCCCUCUUUCACGAUCUACGAAAUAUCAUAAAUUCACGAAGUUACACUAAGUUGAAAGUGAAACUUACACUAAAGUUUCCCUAUUCUCCCUCAUUCACGAUCUACGAAAUAUCAUAAAUUCACGAAGUUACACUAAGUUGAAAGUGU